ACAUGGUAAACAAAACCUACAUGCUGUCUUGAAAUGAAAAGAGUGGAGUUUGGAGAACCCUAAUACGGAUACGUAUAACAGUAAAAUUUUGCGAUGUUUAGCGGCAUCAACAACGACUCUCUCCGGCCGAUGAGCAUGGCGAUGGCAUCAACGAUGCUGAGUCCAGCAGAGGAUAUCUCGCCUUCGGCGUCAAAAGAGAGGGGCCAACAGCAGCAGCAACAACAGUGGACGGAACAAGAGACGAAGGACUUGAUUGGGAUUCGGGCGGAGCUGGAGAAAGAUUUUACGGUUGCGAAGAGGAGCAAGGCGCUUUGGGAGAUCGUGAGUGCAAAGCUAAGAGAAAGAGGAUACCGUAGGACCCCUGACCAGUGCAAGUGUAAGUGGAAGAACCUCGUCAAUCGUUACAAGGGCAAGGAGACAUCUGAUCCUGAGAAUGGUCUGCAUUGCCCAUUCUUUGAGGAGUUGCAUGCAGUAUUUACUGAACGAGCAAAGAACAUGCAACGUUUGCUUUUAGAUUCUAAGGUGGGUUCUUCCCAGGCAAAGAAACGGGUGAAGAGAAUGAGUGCAAGCACAUCCUUUGAUGAACUCUCAGUAGGUGAAGAUGAGGAUGAAGAUGGGGAGGAGAGGCUAGCUAGAAGCAAUUCCCAGAAGAGGAAGCGUGAAAGGUUUCUAACAGAGGUGUCUUCAAGUGUGACGAGCACCUCAAGUCCUGAUAUUGGUGGUAUUCAGGAAAUGCUCAAAGAGUUCUUUCAGCAGCAACAACAGAUGGAGAUGCAGUGGAGAGAGAUGAUGGAAAAGCGUGCGAAUGACCAACAGUUGUUUGAGCUGGAAUGGAGACAGUCAAUGGAGAAAAUGGAGCAAGAGAGAUUAAUGAUUGAGCAGGCCUGGAGGGAGAGGGAAGAACAGAGGCGAAUUAGAGAAGAGAGCAGGGCUGAGAGGAGAGAUGUACUGCUGAUUACACUUCUGAACAAACUUAUAACCGAAAAUGAUAUUGAAGGUAAAUAGAAAAAAAGGGAAAUCUAGAAAAAUAGAGACGGACAGGAAACGCUUGUACAAGUGGCAAAUACCAGGGGAAACUUUUUUUUUGGGGGUCAAAGUUGAGAUCUACUGCAGCAGCUGUUUAGGGAAAUUUAUUUGUUUAUAUUGUUUAUGUUUAUAGCUUUCUGGAAUACAUGAUUUUGUUAGGGAUUUGAAUUUGAUGUACUUUUACAUAGAUAGCUUCUCUUGGAAAAUCAAACUGAAACUGACUUGUUAAAUGUUUACGUUCUUGCUUCUUCUUCUUCUA